GCUGCCGAUCUCGUGCGCUCGAAUGCUUUCGACGCUUUCGAAAACUUCAAGAGUCUUUUCCGGCAGAGUAAGAUCGGGAGCGAAUCAUCAGGUAUUCUGAGACAUGCCGUCGAGAUUUCUCCUGUACUCCCGCUUCAUCAUUUCAGAAUUUGCGGUUCAAUGUGUCGAUUGCGGGAAGAUGCUGCCGGGCCGCUUUGUUAUCGAUCCGGGCUCGCUCCUUGAGCUCCCCUCGACAUGCGCGAAAUGCGGACUGACUUGUUCAGAGAAUAAGCAAUCGUUCCCUAAGCCAAUAACAUUCGCCGAUAGUUUUGUCCCAGGGAGCUUUGUUCUGGCGCCUAUAAGGAGGUUCGUCACACCAGGUGUGGAAAGAUACCUCUGGCCAGCGAUGGUCGACUUCUCCACAGACGAGAACUCCAAAUUUUGUGAGCUUGGACCGGACGGAAUACCAACUUCAUAUUUCGUGACCUUCGUCACUCACGGCGACAAGUUUUACGGUGGUUGGUUCGAGGAAGGUCUUCUCCAUCCCAUUAAUAGCCCUAAGACGGAGCUCAUCGAGCGCACAUUUGAAUUCCAACGAGCCCUCCAGAAGUGUCACCGCAAAUGCGAGUCCUCUCUACCAAGUCGUCUGGAGCGCUUCUCCUUCGUAGUUCACGUCAAAAACCAGAUUGAUAAGGAGGUGCCGCACGGUGCCGACCCGGGCAUAGACCCCGAGACUUGGGAAGCGCAGAGCAGGCGAGAACUCCGCCUCGCCAGAGAAGAGUUUUUCGGCACCGAUGAAGAAUCUGAGGAUUCGAACGAUCCCCACGUGUGGCCUUCGGCUGCAUUCAAAAUAGCUUACAUGCUAUCACGACUGCAAGUACUGCGAGAGAAGCUGACGGGCGGGGGAGAGGCCUCCGCUGACGAAGGGCCCGACAAGUCGCUCAGAAACACCACCGAAGAGAGUAUAAGGUCAGCUUUCUCAUCGAGACGAAGCAGCGCUUGCGAAUGGCGAGACAAUCCCUUCCGGGAACUGCCUAAAACUCAGACCACGUCGGGAACAGCAGGCCCGUCUUCACGGAAGAGGAGCGUGAACCUCUCAGGCCAAUCUAGUUCACAAACCGCUGCAAAAAGGUCUUCUUGUGACGGUACCGAGUGCCACAUAACUUGAAGAGCUGAUCUUGUUCGGCCACCAUAUAAGGUCAAACUCAUAUUCAUCUAAUAGACUGGGAAUUUUCGAAAUCUUACCGGGAGGCGGAAACGUUCAACUUUGUGGGGAAUUUCUACAAAUGGAGAAUUGAUGAAUGGUCGACUCAUCGAACACGUCCAAACUUAGAUUAAUUGGUGGAGAGCACAACUUGUGAAAUGUUUUGAACUGGUAAUUAAAGAAUAUCGUUCAUUCAGCUCAAGACGGUGACGCUGAUUGACUUCGCCUAA